GGAGGAGGAGGAGGGCAGCUCCUCCUCGCCUCUCCACAAAUGGUGCGGAGCUCGGGAGGGGAGCUCACUGACAGAAGCCCACCAACUCCUACCCCCCCCCUCCGCAAUCAGAGAGGUCAGAAAGAGAGAGGGAGCGCGCGUGUUGCAAGCUCCUGUCGAGCGCGCACCACUGCACGGUCGGCGCGACACGCGUGUCAAGAAACACCGGCGACUCGCCGUCGUCUUCGUCGUCAUCGUCGUCUUCGGCGUCGUCACCAUCACUCGCUGGCGAGUGACGCGAGACGCGACGAGGUUUUUUUUCUUCUUCCGCGCAGCUCUGCUCGGCUCGGGAGGACAAAGGAGGCUCGAAGCGCGUCGCAGCCAAGCUGCCAUCCUCUCCUCCACACGCUCCACCCCGAGGGAACCAUCGGAGCAAGAGAGGCGAAUACAGAAAAUCAUCUUUGUCCGCUUUUAAAUUUAUGGUAUUCACAGCGCCGCAAAUAGCCAGGCCGCGAGGUCAGCUGCUGCAGCGGCGCUCCACUCGGCCUGCCGCCGCCGCUGCUGCUGCCUCCUCGCUAACGAGGCCGCCGAGACCGCGUGACCCGGAGAAGCUCCCGCGAGAGGAAUACACGCCAUGGAACGUGGCCUGGAGCAGCAGGAGGAGGUGGUGGUGGUGGGCGACGGCUGCCGGACGGACGCCAGCGAGCACCGCGAGCACCAGGAGGACGCGGCGACGCGCAGAUUGAACGAAGACACCGCAAGUGCCGAGCGACCCGAGCAGGCAGCUGAGCGGCGCGAGCAGGCGGCUGCUGGGCACGAAGACGACGAGAAGACGCCGGCGACGGAGGGGAGGCGCGACGACUCGGAGACGUUUCCACCGCGUGGAGACACUGAGCAAGGUCCACAGCUUCGGCAGGCUGACACAACUCGGCACGCAGAGGAGGCCGAGGCAACUGAGGAUUCGCGUCCACAGGAAACUCGAGGGCCGGAACCAGGUCGCACACAAGAAGGCAUGGAGCAAAACGGACAACUCGCCUCAAGUCACGAGAAUGACCGAGCUCCUGCACCGCAGCCCACGGAGGCUCCCGAGGAGGCCCAAGGGAUUCAGUGCAGCACAGACAGUUUACCGGCGAUCUCAGAUCAACAAGAUCGUGCUGACGAGUCAGAGGAUUCUAAACCAGCAGAAGCAUCAGAUGAAGCUCUUCAGCAUCAGGGUGAGACACAAGACAGAAAAUCAUUAGACGACGCUUGCGUUGAGAAGGCAGAUGCCGCUCGUGACGAAUCAAAGGCAGGAGAUUUAACGGAUUCGCUGAAAGACAUAGGAGGCACAGAACCGCAAAUGGACGAAGCUGGAACACAACAAAGCACGGUCUUAGACGAUGCUUACGUUGUGAAGGCCGGAUACACUCGACACAAAUCAGAGACGGAAAGCUCAGAGAGCAGUCUGAAGUAUGUGAAAGAUACCGUUCCAGCAACUGAGUCAGACAUCCACAAUCCGCAAGCGGGCGAAGAAAGAGAAGGGCAAGCCAAAUGUAAGGACUCAAGUGUGGAGCAAGAAUUUGAGGAUCUCGAGCAGGAAUUAAAGAAUUUGCAAUCAGACGAAGAGGCGACUCUAGUGCAAGAGCAUGAAUUUGAGGACUUGGAGCAAGCAGAGGCACUGGAAAAGGUGGCGAAUGCAGAAGAAGAAGAUGACGAUAACACACCAGCAAUAAUCACAGCAUUGGAGCCAGCUGCUGAAGAGGAGCGACCCGAAAUACUCUUGCCAGCUGACACUUUACGUCCAGAAAAAGAGCAGGCAUUUGAGGACCUUGAGCAAGAAAUAGUAUCUCUGCGAUCCCGUGAAGAAAAUGACCCGGUGGAAAUUUCAGAAGACUUAACGACCUCCGAGUGUGAGCAGGGCGUAAAACGUGCAGUGGAAUUGGAGGAGCGUGGACCAUUCACAGCAGCCGAACAGGAGGAGUUUGAUGAAGUGCGGGCAGCUGUGAAUGUUGAGACAGCAGAGGAGCAGAAGGGCGCAGACAUCGAGCAUGGACCUGAAGAGAGACAGCUAACAGGAGAAGACAUGGGUUAUGUGCAGCCUAAGCACAACGUUAAUGAAAUCGAAACUGCGGACUUGGUCGCGGUAGAUACUGGACAUCGAGAAGAAACCAAUGUCGCAGAGGAAGCAAGAGAUGUAGAACAAUCACGAAAGAGUUCAUGCCCAGCAGUCGGAACCUCUACCGAAUUGGAAUAUGGUGACGCUGGGAUUGCCGUGUAUGUCACCGAGGCAGAUGAUGAGAAAGAGGUAGACGCAAUGGAGGAGCUCGUACCGGCGGCGUGCUCACUAGAAGGAGAAUUGCCUCAAGGUGCGGAUCAAGAAUAUGCGCAAGAGAAAUCAAAGAUCGCAGAACCCGAUGGCGUGCCCGGAGACACCGCUGAUCGAGAGUCAGUCGGCACGGUCGAAGACGUCGGAACAGUGACGCAUUCCGAAGAAGUGAAUCCAAUUGAAAUCCACAAAUUGAACACAUGCCUGGAUCCAGUCGACGAUAAAGAACGAGGAGUGGAAACGAGCAAAGCGAUGGACGUAGAGCCACUCAUGGGAACGCAUAUUCACGAGCAAGAGCACGUGACAGAAAAUACAGGACCUGAAAAGCUUGUGCCACCACAAAGUACAGCAACAGAGCUGAGCCCGAAUGAAGAGCUGCAUGAUCAACACAUGCAGAGAAGUGAACAUGUUGGAUCAGACAACCUACGACAGGAGCAGCAGCAACAACGUAUGACGUCUGAAAUGUUCGAAGGUCUGGCUCCAACCGAAGAACUGGAGUCUGCAGAUCUAUCGGUUCAAACCGGGGUCACUGAAGAUGCUAGUAGCUCUAAGGACGUCAACAUGAAUCAACAGUAUGAACCAAAUAAUCUUGAAAACACACAAGGCAAUGAUAACUUUGACAUGCAGUUAGCACGUGAGGAUCUGGAUCAGUUAAACACGAUUGAAUCAGAGGGCACAGGCAAAGCAGAAAACCAGCCCCAGGCAUUGGUGCCACAAGCGACCAAUGAUUUAGACAAAACAUUACCCCAAAGCCUAGACCCGUCUGAAGAGACACUCAUUGGCUCCGUCGAGAGUCUUGAACCAACCGAAAUUUUAGACCAAUACUUGCAGCAAUUUGAGGAGAGCAACCUCGUGUGGAAUUUAGAAAUUGACAGCAAUCUGGGGGGAGCUGAGAAUACGAAGCGACUCAAUAAACUUGACGAUUCGAGUGGCGCAGAGAAGACCGAUAAUUUGCGGCACACUCAGAGAAACGAUCUCCCUGGACAAACAGAGAUGCUCGUAAAUGUCGAACCAGAUGCCAACGAAUGUGGAAUGCACGCGAUCACAGAAGUAGAAGGAGCAAUGCAACUUGACGUUCUGGAACGAGAUGCUAAGCUAGAAGUGGCAGAGUAUGAGAAUAAAUUCUCACAGCAUGACAACUCGACGUAUCAGGCUCGCGACGAGCAACCAGCUGACACGUCAGAGGAUUCUCAACAAGCUGAACGCAACAAGUGGCCGAAGGAGCUAGACCAGCCUCCGCCGUUCGAUCACAAAGGGUAUACGGAAGUACCUCGUGACGAAAGUGCCCAGGCUGAGCACCUGCAGUCUGUGAUGCCAACUACAACCGUGCCUGAAGCAGUGGAGGAGGAGCCUACUGGGGUCUCAGAGAUGUCUCGAGGUUUUGGACAAGACCAGCACCUGCAACGAGGAGACCACGAUGGUGCACCAGCAGUGAUGCACCAGCAGCAGCAUUUAAGAUCAAUCACAGACGAUGAUCUGGAGAUGCUCCAGCCUCCUGGGAAUGCAGAUGUUGAGCACGAGACGGGCCAAGCUGAAGACCUGAAACAGGAAGACAUCCAGCAAAGGGCAGAGCCUCAGAAUCCAGUCGCGGAUGAGUGGUCGGAAACAUCGCAGCCCUCUGAGUUAAUUGAAAUGGCCGAGAGGCUGGAGAAGGAAGAGCGCCUGAGAGGAGAAGACGAGGGCGAGGGGAACACACACACGGAGCGGUCACGUAAGCCAGACGACCCGCCAGAGAUGCCAGCGUCGACUGAGACCACCAAAACAGAAGAUGACAUCGCCGAGGCUGAACAAUUGGAGCAAGACAAGAGCCAGGGGCGGGAGGACAUGGAGCGUCUUCAGUCGCUGGCACCAACUGCGGACGACGAGCCACAAGUGGCGCAGUCCGCAGAGAUAACCCAAGCGGAGGCGUCACGCGCUGACGAGACUGCUUCAGGUUCGGCUGAAGCGGUCGAUAAGGAUCAGAGCGCACGGCCAGUAAAUAGCCAGGAACAAGCGGAGCCUUUAGAGUUGGAGACGUCGCAGCCGACGCAGAUCACGGAGGUAGCCAAUGAGCUUGAUGAGUGUGCGAACCUGCCAAAUAAAGAUGACGAGAUGAAGGAGGAGGUGACACAGGUCGAGUUCUUAAAAGCCACCGGUGACGAACACCCAGAGACCACGCAGGCCAUGGAGAUGAGCGACACGGCGAGAGGCGUCAGGAGGGAUGAAGCUAUAAGCCAGGGGGGUAACGAGGGAGAAACGGACAUCAAGCGGCUUCGCCCUCAAGGCGAUCAACCAGAUACGUCACGGUCUGCUGAGAUAACGGAGGUGGAGGUGCCACCUGGGACACGGAUCAGAGAAACGGACAGGGAGAUGGAUGAAGCACAAGGACCGGGGCAGGAAGGCCACCAUGAUAGCGUAGAUCACGCGCAGCCCCAAUCGUCAAGUGCGUAUACAGAUGGCCAAUCGGAGAUGUCGCGCUCCACGGAUGUUUCAGAGACGGUAACAAAAGCUGAGAGAAUUGAGCACUCGGAAGAAGUAGCUGUUCAGGAAAGCGCGGAUGCUGAGGGCUGUCAGCCGGAAUGUCCAGCGGUUGAGGAGACAGAGGAGACAUCGCAGUGUGACGAGAUGACAGAAGGGGAGAUGGCGAAGUCUGCUAACGCGCUUGGGAAAGAUCAACGCCGUCAAACAGAGGACAGCCGGGAACAAGCGGUGGUGCAGUUGCAGCCUCUGCACAUGACCACAGGAGGCCGCUUGCCACCAGAGGAACCAGAGUCUGCAGAGAGUAUGGAGGCAGUGAAGGGGAAUGAUGAUGCUGACGACCAGGAUGCAACAGAGGCGGCAUUUAAUCCACCUUUGAAGUUGGUUAUAGAUGAACCCACAGGGGUGCCACAGUUGACCGAGGUUAUAUUGACCAACGAAGACACGAAUCCUAAACAGGAUGAACCAGGAGAGGGCACGGCAUCUCCUUCUCUGGGGCAUGAGUGUGCUGUGCAGGGGGAUGUGAGAAGUACGGAUCAGCCCUUUGAAACCUCGUCAGGUCAGCAGCCGGAACGAAAAGAUCCAGAAAUUACUGGGAAAAAUAUCAAGGAUACUUUGCAGUCCUUGAUUCACUGCAACGUGGUGGAAUCGUCUCACGGCAUGAUCCUGGAACCCAGCGAGAAAGGAAAUAUGCACAUUUCCAAAUACAAGCUCAUGAACCCAGACUCGCAGCCAGAGAUUCAAAAGGAGAAGACCAUUCACGGCGACAUUGGAAGUAUCCUCAACGAGCUGCUCACCCACAGGGAGCCCCAGAGGCAGGAGGUCGCAAUUGAGAAGGAGGAGAGGGGCAACCUGAAGGAGAUUCUGGACAAGUUGAUGACGCAGGCGAGCAAGUGUGAGGAUGACAGAGAAGACGACCGAGUCGACGGAACAGCGAGCGAAUAUCCCGACACUGACGCGUCUGGAAUUCAGAACGGAAUCCUUAUACAGGAGUGUCUCCAGGGCAGCGUCAAGAUGACGGUCUACUCGCUGCAAAACCAAGAUGACAACGGCAGUAGCCAGAAAGAAGAAGUCAUAGCCGGCAAUGUUAAAGGGGCAAAGGAGAGCCUCUUGGCCUCUGCAGAGAAGACAAUGCCGAGAAAGCUCGAGCUGGAUUACAUCCGCAAGGGCAACGUGCGCUUCUACACAACGUGCAUCAACAGUGGUGCCCUCGGCUACCUGCAGCUCCUGCAGGACCAGGGGGAGCAGCUUGAAGCAGCUGCUUCCUGUGACGCGAGCCGUGCCGGUCCCGUGCUCGCAGACACGGACGAGAGGGUGGACGUGAAGGCGAUACGCAAGUCGUUUGAGGCAGCCUUAAAAGAGUCUGGAAAUGAAAAUGCCAUCAAGGUUCCCGUUUGGCCACAGUACUGCGCUUCCAAUAUCAAGUCGGGAACGGCGAGUGAAAAAGCGCCCGGCGAAGCGGUAAAUGCCACACCCCGACGUUCCGAGGCCCCUGCAGGUGCUGCCGGAUGUGCUGCGAGCCAGGAGGCAGAGGGUCAGAGGGUAGCUCAAGCGAACAUAAGCGAGGCUCUGCUUGAAACACAGAGCACGCACACCCCACAGCCGGGCCCUCUUACAGAGAGUCGGGUCCAAUGCGAAGAAGUCGUGAAGGUGAACGUUAAAGACGCGCGCAGGAGUUUUGAAGAAGCCAAACAACUGGUGAGAGAAGUACAAAGGGAGGAAGUGAUCAGGGGGAACGUGGAAGCUGCGAAGCAAAGCUUGAUGGAAUCGUUCAGCCGCGGGAAGGAGGUCGUGCGCCAGGUCGACAUCGUGGAAGAUCUGCAGACACUUCAGCGGAAUGCGCCACUGGUCCAGCACGCCGCCUCCAUGUACCACGAUGGCCACCUCCUGGUCGAGGUGACCAACGAUAACAACAAUCGGACCUCCGGCGAGGAGGGCUCCCCUGCAGCGGCAGGAACCCCCCCUGAUUUGAAGAGCAGUGAUACACCGGAAAAUAAAGAAAUCGACGCAAACGCGCAUCGAGAAACCCAGGAUCCAACGCCUCGGCACCCCGAGUGCCGAGGCGCAGUCCACAAAGACGCCCACAACACGGGAGGGAAGUUACAGGAGCGCAAGGCUCCUCAAGAAAGCGCAGAAACCACUGAACAGUCACCUACGGAGAAUACAAAGUCGCGUGCGUUUACUUGCGUGAACGAAAACACAACGGGGCCGCGAGAUGAGAGUGAAAAGGGCCUCCCAAAGCAGGCUGCAGGGGAGCAGCUUUUUAAAAUCCCUCCACCGGAGCCGGCUGCCCAGGCGAAGCACGCGAACCUUCACGAGGAGGAGCUUCCCCUGCCCGCUCCUCCGUUCGAAUGCGAGCUCGAGGGUUCACUGCCACCUCCGCCGCCCGAAGUCCUCGCCGCGGUCGUUGCAGAAGAUCUGCCGCUGCCACCCCCCCCGCCGCCUCCGGACACGCUCAAGGACGACUCCAGGCCGCCGUCAUACCCCGCAUCUCCGACGCGCGCGAGCCAGCAGGGCCAGGAACCAACGGGCGUCCGCAAGCUGCCCUUUCGAGUGAGGACUUUGGACAUGCCAGGUCCGCCGAUAUCUUCAUAUGCCCCCAUUCCGUUUAGGAAAAAGGCUGCGGACGCUCAGCCGUCGCAAGACAAAGCUCAGCGCGAGUCGUCCAUUCCCAGGCAAAAUGACGAUGCCGACGUGGCCAAUGCCUCUCCGAACAAGUUGAAGCAACAUUUGAAAAACCAGGAGUCAUCGUCUUCUGUCACCUUGCGGGACAUAAACGCCAUCAACAAAUACCUGGAAUCGAACGUAGAGAAUUUUCACAUUACGUCUGGCCCAAUAGUGCGUUCAGUCGUAUUCAAACCCGACAAAUCCAAUCCGCUAGAGACGGCCGUGAUCAGUCCGCAAUGCACGAGCCCCCAGAAGAAGCCAAAACCCGUCGCCAAAAGAGCGUUCAAGACCCCGCUGAUGAUCGCCGAGGAAAACUUCAAGCGGCAGCAAGCCGAGAAACUGAAAGACAAGACUGCGGGCUUGGCUACGAGCGUGCAGUGGAGGGACACGCUCAAAGGCCAAGACGAUGACACCGACCGCACUUUGUCAAACGAGGCCGCCUACCCGCACCACAACCCACUCUGCGACGAGAGGACGAGUUCUGCCCACGCGGACGCCCUGAGCGCCGCUGAGGGCGCAGCGCAGUGCGUUAUUUUCACCAACAAAGCGCUCACGAAUAAUCGGCAGCUCAAUCAAAGUCCGCAGCGUCCCACAGAGGCGGCAGCGACAACCCCGUGGCAUCUGGAGGCAGGGACGCAGCCCAUGUCGACGCAGGCGCACGUGGAGCAGCAGUCUGCCCGCGUCGAUCGGCGCACGGCGACGGGGGAAUGCACUCAACAGCAGUGCAGCGAGCUCAGUCGCCUGCGGUGCGAGUCGAGCGUUGGAGGAGGCAAGGGCGCUGCUGGCGCGGAGCCACAAGGAUCGUGUUCGAGCCACGGGGAGGCCCUGGGCCGCCAGGAGAGGGAGGGCGACUCGGCCGGGCCGGGUCCUGCGAGCUUCCCAUAGCGGCGUCACUGCAGGAAGGAUGAAGGUGGUGUGGCUGAGGUGAGCCUGGACCCACACCUGACUGCAAGGGAAGCCUCCUCCUCCUCCCUCGAGAUUCUGGACAUCAAAUCGUCCAGCUAACACAAGACGCAUCACAUUCACAACUGCUCCACAUCACAUUCUAUGACGCAGCAAAUUGCGCUGAUCGAGCAAACAACCAAACGCUGAUCAGAACGUCCACGGACCUGUCGACAAUGCAUUCGGCUGUACGCCACAUUCUCCGUCGCCAUAAUACUUGAAAUAUUGUUACCAAGGGGAUUAUACCGUACGUCAGUGUACAACACAAGCAUGUACUGGGACUACAUUUAGAUUUUCAUGCGUCCUGAGAAGCAGGUAGGUCACGUGAGUGAGCUGGGCAGGUGUAGCAGAGACUAUUAGAGUGCAAAAGCAAUGGCAGCUUAAGUUUCUCAAUUUUCUAUUUGAGUUUACCUUACGUAAGGGCAUAGUGGUGUCCGGCAACUGCGCUCUGAACCCGGGGGGCCUCGAGUUCAACCCCCUUACCCCAGUCACCGCGGACACGAGCGGCGAGUGCCAAUGUGACAUGUCCGUCCGGGUGUCCUCUCUCCCCUCCCUCCGACUCCCCGACCCACGCCGACCAUUGUGGUCAAGUUUGUGGUCAAGCAACCGCAUCGAUUGACACCGUGUGCGGCGGGGGGCGGGGGGCGGGGAGGCCUUCGCGAAGGCGGCGGCGGAUCGACGAGUCGACGAGUUGUCGCUUCGUUGAUUUUCUUUUUUGCAGGGAAACACGCGGGAGCCGCGUGCCCCCUUUGUGACGCGGCGCAAAGCCACGCGCACCGAUGGGGCAUCGGCGCGCGUGCGAAGGGAGAUCUCGGAGAACCCGUGCCAUGUGUCGUAGAACUCUUGUGUGCCAUCGCGACUCAGUGCUGACAAUGUCAGUGUGGUUUAGGAAGUCAUCGACGAUGAUGACGUUAAUACAAAAUACUCGUUUGCCUUGAUGGCAGUAACACGGGAAGUAGUGAUGCGUGGCCGAUGGGGAAGCAGGGAAGUGAUUCUGCCACUCCAGUGACCGGCAGUGCGGCGGCGUGACACCUCCGCAGCCAGGACGAUGAAGUCCAUGGGCCAAACCAGUAUCCAGCACCAUUACAGCUGACAUUGAUACUCAUUUAUCUAUGUAUGUAUGUAUGUUGAACUUCUUUCACGUAGCCAGCCGUGCCAAUCGGAGGUGCGGGGGAGGGGGAGGAAGGACAGCAAACUAAACACAAAAAGGAGUUCUAUAGACAUGAGUUCGCAACUUAGAUUUAAAAGUGCAUAGUUCCUGUGACUUCCCAAUAAGAGUGGAUUACAACGCAAGGUUACCGCACGGGCUACUUUUAAUCACGACGUUAAAGAGCUUGCUGCAGGGUGGCAUCAACAAAUAACAAAAAAGCGUUUGUGGCCCACGGGCUAAAUGCCGCUUUGCUCAUUUAGCCCGUGGGCCACCGGUGUCGCGCAAAUGUCAGCUUCGAGCUGGGAGAGUGCCUCGACGCAGCAGCGGCUCGAAAUACCCAGAGGCAGGGCGAUGCACUUGUAGACCCCACCGCCUCCCCCACAGAAGUCCUUUCACGACCCAGUUGCUUCUCCACAGACGCAAGGGGGAGGGAGGGAGGGAGGAUGGCCCCAAAACGUUGCAGAGGAUUUCGUCAGCUUGCAUUGGGAGAUUUGGCGGGGAGGCUUUGGAACCCACACGCGCUUGCUCCCGUAGUCUCCAAUUUGUAUUUUGAGCUGGCCGUCUAUUAAUGGAUCGCAGUGUUUGAGUAAGGAUGCGCUCUCACGAGCCCGUUGCUUAAGAUUCGCGUGUCCUGUUAUUCCGCUGAGGAAAGUACAUGGGGAUGGGGAUUUUUUUUAUUUUUAAAGGCAUGGCGGUCGUGGCAUGCAGCACGAAUGACGACGAUAGUUCUUAAAAGUCGUCAGCACGCCGACGGACAAUGCGGUUAAUGUAUCCCCGUGUCGUGGUAUGGGGGCCAUCCAUUGAGUAUGUACGCGUGGCGGAGGGGGGUUAACCUAAAUGCGUUCGCUUGCGUAUGGGGUGGGGGUCUACUG